CAGGCGCCUGAACAAAAUAUAAGUGUGAAAACAGAGAGGCGUUCCAGAGAGAAUAUAAUUAGACCAUUAACAAAUUAUAGCAGCAAAAAUGUUCUUAACUUCAUAUAGAUCGUCAAACGACAAAUCGGUUACAAACAAUGGCUUAUAACAUCAAGCAUCUGUUCGGGAAAUAUGCGAGCCAUUUUAUUUGUCAAUGUGCGCGUUUCAUAUAAAUGGUAACGACUGCUGUUCAUGCCUGAGAAGGUCUGAAUUCGACACAACGGGAAAUUAUACCUGUUAAGUGAAAAGAUUCAACCAGGGUCACACACACUUUCAGAAAAUAACAACACAGUAAAGCGGAAUAAUUAACAUGAAAGAGUACAAACAUGAGAAGUACUCAUUUCCCGUUUUCCCCUAAGAUAAGAUUUUUGUUAUCAAGAUCAUUUCUAUUCUUCUCUUUUACACACUUUGUCUUUUAUCAAUGAAGUAUCAUCCUCACACGCAGUGUUCUCCAUUCUUUUUUAUCUAGCAGUUACAUAGGCCUACUACUCCUAGUCAAUUAACCCUCAUAUCUUUGGGGAAUCUUGUGGUGUCUUCUGCAGGGAUGUGUGAAAGACGUAAUCAAGUUUACAUGCUGAAAAUGGAUCAGGCAUUGCUAACAUUCCAUAAUGAACUUCCUUACAACAUUAGUGUUUACUACACCUCAGAUUACUGUUAUAAGUGUCUUUAUCAGCCCCUUGCCACAGUUGGGAAUGGUCACAAUAUUCCUGUGGUGGUGAGCACACAAUUCACACUGACUCUAAGAAUCACAACUGUAGAUGGAAACAGCACUCAGUGCAGUCUGAGUCAGACAUUUGAGGAAGCUGGCCAUUAUUCUCUCUGGAUGAGGCAGCCUGGCUCGCUAAAUGAUGUAACCUGUUCUCUCACUGUGGAUAGGAGUCCGAAUAGUGCAUACCUGCCGCUGUUGGCGGCAUUCUUAAUUCUGGCUUCUGUGACUGUAUUUUGGGCCUCUUUGCCUUGUAUACUCAGAUGCAGCUGUACACAGAGGCUAAGGAAACGUAUCCGCUUAUUCUGCUGUCACAGGUCUCAAAACUCCAUGGAAAUGGAGGAGGCAAAUAAUGAACAUUGUGUGGACAAAAGCAAAACAAAGUCAUCAAGACUGAAGUCACUGGACACAUUUCGAGGAUUUUCCCUGACUGUCAUGGUGUUUGUGAACUAUGGAGGCGGUGGUUACUGGUUUUUCCAGCAUGCACCAUGGAAUGGUCUCACAGUAGCUGAUCUUGUGAUGCCUUGGUUUGUGUUCAUCAUAGGUACUUCUGUAGUGCUAGCAUUCAACUCGAUGCAUAGAAAAGGUGUUCCAUGGCUACAGCUUCUUCGCAAGGUUACUUGGAGAACCAUCGUCCUGAUGCUCAUCGGGUUCUGCUUCAUGAACUACAGCCCAAGAGAUGGAUUUUUAUCCUGGUCCUGGCUACGGAUACCCGGAGUACUCCAGCGUUUGAGUUUCACCUAUUUUGUCCUGGCAGUGAUGCAGACUUUCUCUCCCCACAGAGAGAUCCCCUUGAGGGAGCAUAACUGGUGGAACCCCAUUCAGGAUAUGGUUUUAUACUGGCCUGAGUGGCUCAUCAUUGUGUUGCUGGAGACCUUGUGGCUGUGUCUCACUUUCUUACUACCAGUUCCAAACUGCCCCACUGGGUAUUUAGGAGCUGGUGGUAUUGGAGAUGAUGGUUUAUACCCCAAUUGCACAGGAGGAGCAGCCGCGUAUAUAGACCGGAGGUUAUUUGGAGACAAUAUCUUCUGGUAUCCAACAUGCAAGGUCUUGUAUCAUACAACAGAGCCCUUUGACCCAGAGGGUGUUCUGGGUACAAUUAAUUCCAUAGUCAUGGGAUUCUUUGGCAUGCAGGCUGGAAAGAUUCUUCUGUUUUUUCGUAAAAUGAAUAAAGGUAUCCUGGCACGAUUCCUGAUUUGGGGCCUCAUCCUGGGAAUUUCUGCAGCCAUCCUUUCUAAGUGCACAAGAGACGAAGGAUUUAUACCUGUCAAUAAAAACCUUUGGUCCCUGUCAUUUGUGACCUGCAUGGGCUGCUUGUCCUUUUUGCUGCUGGGUGUGAUGUAUUUUGUUGUGGAUGUUAAGGAAUGGUGGGGCGGCCAACCUUUCAUUUAUCCUGGGAUGAACUCCAUAUUUGUCUAUGUUGGCCAUUCUCUGCUGGGCUUUUACUUUCCGUUCAGCUGGGAGAUGCGUUUCCAGGACAGUCACUGGGAGCAGCUUUUCCAGAACAUGUGGGGUACCGCACUUUGGGUCUUCAUUGCCUACCUGCUGUACCGCAAAAAAUUCUUUCUUAAAAUCUGAUGCUGCUGGGGUUUUUGUCUCAUAAACGUCCAUUGAUUUCUCUUUAGUUUAAGUUAGAGGAUAAAAUAAAGUCUUAAUUAUUAAAUUAUUCAAUUAAAUUAUUAAAUAAGUACAAUAUAAUGUUUACAUAUUUAGUACAUGGUACUAUUUGAUGUACAUUAAACAGGACCAUCUUGGAUCCAUUUAUAUUUUUA